UCCGGAAUUAGUUUUAUACCAGUGCCGCGCGCAGGGAUAAAGAUAGCUUGGUUGUACAUACGUUCACUAAGUUUAUUUUGCGCUAACAUUAACGCUCUGGGUUUCAGGAAGAAGUAUAUUUUAUGUGAAAAUCGCAGUUUUGCUGUUUAACACUAUAACCUGGCAACCCUGAAGACCUCGGACCUUUGAAGAGAGUGAGCAGCCGUUAAUGGCUGACUGAACAGUGGUCAUGGAUUAGCUGUGGUUCGCUUCAUUUGAGAUGUCAUAAGACCUCUUAAAAUAUUCGAUUCUAAUGUGGCCGUUUCUACAGGCAACCUGUUCUUAAAAUAGCCUUUGGAUCCACACCUGAUUCGAAGUGCAAAGCUGUGUUGCACCAACUUUUCACCAUGUCCAAAAGCAAGAGUUCGGAGUCGGUGAAGGUUGUGGUUCGCUGUCGCCCCAUGAACGAUAAAGAAAAGGCAGCCAAGUUUGAGAAGGUGGUCACUGUGGAUGUAAAACUGGGACAAAUCAUUGUCAAGAACCCUCGGGAGGCUUCAGCCAAUGGACUCCCCAAAGUCUUCACUUUUGACUCAGUCUAUGACUGGAACUCUAAACAAAUAGACCUUUAUGAUGAAACCUUUAGGCCCCUGGUGGACUCGGUUCUUCAAGGUUUCAAUGGGACCAUUUUUGCCUAUGGGCAGACAGGUACAGGGAAGACAUACACUAUGGAGGGUGUGAGGAAGGAUCCAGAGAGAAGGGGUGUGAUCCCGAACUCAUUUGAGCACAUUUUUACACAUAUUUCACGGUCCCAGAAUCAGCAGUACUUGGUGAGGGCUUCAUACCUGGAAAUUUACCAGGAGGAAAUCAGAGACUUGUUGUCCAAGGACCAGUCCCGUCGUCUUGAGUUAAGAGAGAGGCCUGACACUGGAGUGUACGUUAAAGAUCUUUCUUCAUUUGUCACAAAGAGUGUGUGGGAAAUUGAGCAUGUCAUGAAUGUUGGCAACCAGAACCGUUCUGUGGGAGCCACUAACAUGAACGAGCACAGCUCAAGAUCUCACGCCAUAUUCGUCAUAACAGUUGAAUGCAGUGAGUUGGGAGUGGAUGGAGAAAAUCAUAUCAGAGUAGGUAAACUGAACCUGGUAGAUCUAGCAGGUAGUGAAAGACAGACAAAGACAGGAGCUCAAGGGGAGAGGCUAAAAGAAGCCACUAAGAUCAACCUGUCUCUUUCCGCCCUGGGGAAUGUCAUAUCGGCUCUGGUGGACGGCAGGAGCACCCACGUCCCAUACCGAGAUUCCAAACUUACCCGUCUGCUGCAGGACUCACUGGGAGGCAACGCCCGAACUGUCAUGGUUGCCAAUAUUGGCCCGGCGUCCUACAAUUUUGAGGAGACCUUAACAACCUUGCGCUACUCCAACAGGGCCAAGAACAUCAAGAAUAAACCUCGCAUCAACGAGGACCCUAAAGAUGCUUUGCUGAGGGAGUUUCAGGAGGAGAUCGCCCGACUCAAAGCACAAUUGCAGAAACGCUCAGGAAAAAAGAAAAAGAGAAGGCAGAGGAGGAGAGCUGGGGAAGGAAGUGAUAGUGAGGAUCUGGAUGAUGGAGAGACGGAGGACGAUGAGGAAGAUGUAGACGACAAAGGGGAUUACUGGAAGGAACAGCAGGAGAAGCUGGAGAGUGAGAGAAAGGCCAUCAUGGAUGAUCACAGUCUGGUGGCUGAUGAGAAAGUUCGGCUGCUUAAAGAGAAGGAGAAAAAAAUGGCUGAUUUGGAGAAGGAAAGGAAAGCAGGAGAGAUGCUCUCAGCCAAAGUUAAGGCCAUGGAGAGUAAGCUUCUAGUUGGUGGUAAGAACAUUGUGGAUCACACCAACGAGCAGCAAAAAAUGCUGGAGCUGAAGAGGCAGGAAAUCGCUGAACAGAAACGCAGAGAACGAGAGAUGCAGCAGCAGAUGGACUGUCGGGAUGAGGAGACCCUGGAGCUAAAGGAGACUUACAGCUCCCUGCAGCAGGAAGUUGACAUCAAAACAAAGAAACUAAAGAAGCUAUUUGCUAAGCUGCAGGCAGUGAAGGCAGAAAACCAAGACAUCCACGAGGCACAUAUCAAAGAGCGCCAGGAGCUGGAGCAGACCCAGAAUGAGCUCACCAGGGAACUUAAACUCAAACAUCUGAUCAUUGAGAACUUCAUUCCUCUGGAAGAAAAGAACAAAAUAGUCAACAGAGCUUACAUAGAUGAGGAGGACGAGCACUGGAAAAUGAAGCCCAUCACUCGUCUGGAGGAUGAACAUCAGAUGAUGACGAGGCCUGUAUCUGCAGUGGGCUACAGGAGGCCUCUGUGUCACCAUGCCCGUGUGGCCAUGAUGAUGAAGUCGGACAUGAGAUAUAAGGCUGAAAAUAUUCUGAUCCUGGACAUGGACCUGCCCACACGGACCACUAAAGAGUACCAGGAGCCAGUGAUCGCCCCAAAGGUGGCAGCAGCUCUGGAGGACGCGCUCAGGGAUGAGGAUGAGAUACAAGUAGAUGCCUCUGGCUUUCGCAGCACUUUGGGACCAACUACGCCAUCUAGUGCCAGCCUGAGGAAACCAAAGUCUGGUCGACCAAGAACUGGCAAGAAAUCCAGCACGCCUACCUCUCCGUACGGCAUCUCCAGUCCAGGAUCUCCUCUGUACCCACAGUCCCGUGGCCUCGUACCCAAGUGACCUGCUCUGCCUGUGCUGCUUCCAUUUGCAACCUCUCCUGUGCACCACUCCACUUUGGGACUCAACUUCAAGCAAAUGGGUUUGUUUUUGAAAUUUGUUUUUGUUAACAUCUUAAUAUUUGUUAAAACUACUUUACUGGUCGCCCGGCAACCCCGUUGUGACAACGUGUCUCACGGAAGUCGCUAAGCUAAUCAUCAGUUAGUUGUACUUAAUCCCCCCUUUUCCCCAGUCCACUGCUUUGUGUACUAAAAAAACGAUGUCUACAUGUACACCUGGUACACAUGGGCAUUUUUGUAUCUUGUUCUUUUUUUUUUUAAGCUGUGUAAUGGCAGAAUGUAUAUGGGCAGACUGAAGUAUACAUUCCACACUUGCCCUCUUUCACAACUUGCUGUAAUCCAUAGAUGCUGUUCUUCCUGAGACAGAGGUGGGGAUCAUUGGCAGAGAGUUGCACUUGUUCAUGUUGAGGCCUGGGGUCAUGAAGUACUUCCUAGGUCCCACAUCCACACGAAGCGUCUCCGCAUUGCUGCAUGUGUCCCCCAAACUCAGUGCUGCUCACUGUAAAGAGACGGGAGAGCCAGUGAUAACAUUACUGCCUUGUCUUUUUUCAGAUGUUACAUCACAUUAGGUAUUUAGUAGAGCUGCAUAUUUGUGAAAUAUCUGCUAUUUGCUGCAAAAAGAAAAUUUGACAUUAGCUUUACACAUUUGAUUCAGCUACAUAUGCAGGCAGAGCUGUUGUAAUAGUAAUAUGGUCUCGUGCUCAGAUACUGUCCAUCUAGUGCUGUCGGUGAUUUCAAAUCAGUUAAGCCUUUAGUUAAGAAGUGACUGCUCAACCUGCUAAUUUCUAAGAUGUCACAGAGCUCCUUUUACGCCCCCUCAGUAAAACAUUGUUGGCUAUUUAUGCUACAGUUGUACAGUGCAGAGGUAUUUGAUGGCACAGAGGAGAGAUAUUUACAAGUUACAUGUACAGGUCGAGGUAUCAACGUCGUGCACAUUGAAAAGGUCAUAGUGACCGUAUGGUUUUACAACUUUAAACAGCAGUUUAGUGUCCAGGAAAAGUUGUU